AUGGUGAAAAACGGUGGGAAGGUCGUACCCGAUCUAGGCGACCAAGUCACCCACGUCGUUUCGGAACUUGACGAGAAACUCACAACGCAGCGGCUCGGUUUCAAGGCAGUCAACGAUGUACCGAAAAGUUUGCCUAUUCUGCACUAUAAAUGGAUUACCAAAGUUGUUAAUGUAAGUCGUACCUUUCCGUCCUUGCACAGCUGA